AUGUAUCUCUCACAAUCGCUCAUCCUUUCCUUUUUUGCUAGCCAGGUCGCAGCAGCAGGUGUUGUCGGCGAAGCAUUCGGAUUCGCAAAGGGAACCACAGGUGGUGGCUCUGCCGAACCCGUUUACCCAAAUGAUAUCAAAGAAUUGACCGGCUAUCUCACGGACAACGAGCCCCGCGUCAUCAUUCUCCAAAAGGAAUUCAACUAUAUUGGCAGUGAAGGCGAGGUCACUGAGGAUGGAUGCCGACCUGCUUCCAACACUUGCCCUGGCAAUGGAGGCCAGGACGCAAUCAACGGAGCAAACUGGUGCAACGGCCAGCCCACUGUUUCCGUCACCUACGACAAGGCUGGAACAUCCGCCAUCAACGUAGGAUCCAACAAGUCCAUCGUCGGCGAGGGCACUUCAGGAGUCAUUCGUGGCAAGGGUCUCCGCAUCGCCAACGGAGCUAAGAACGUCAUCAUCCAAAACGUCCACAUCACGGAGCUCAACCCUCAAUACAUCUGGGGAGGAGAUGCCAUUACCAUCGUCGGAGCCGGAGGCCAGAUCUGGAUCGACCACGUGAAGACCUCCCUCAUCGGCCGCCAACACAUCGUCUCGGGCUAUGCUCCCUCUAACGGCAUCACGAUUUCUAACACUGAGAUCGACGGCAACACCAGCUGGAGCGCCAGCUGCGACAACCGACACUACUGGGCCCUCCUCCUCAUCGGCCAGGGCGACAAGAUCACCUUCCAAAACAACUAUGUCCACCACACCUCGGGCCGCUCCCCUAAGGUCGGAGGCACAGGAGAGGGCACAUUGCUGCACGCCGUCAACAACUACUUCUACGACAACUCGGGGCACGCUUUCAGCAUCGCCGCCGAGGAGAACGGCCGCGUCAUCGCGGAGGGCAACGUCUUUGAGAAGGUUAAGAAGCCGAUCGAGGAUGGCGACAGCAAGAUGUUCGCUCCCCAGGACGCCCAGACCGCCGCUGCUUGCGAGAGCCCGCUCGGCUAUAAGUGCGAGGUCAAUGUUCUCUCUGGCAGUGGCACCUUGACUGGCUCCGAGACCAGCUUCUUGGGCGAUGCGAAGGGCGAGGGUGUCACUCCCGUGCCCGCCAGCGAGGUCGCCGCAAGCGUCAAGGCGAAUGCUGGUGUUGGCAAGCUAUGA